AUGACUAUCGUCAAAGAAACUUUGCGAAACAGCAAUGUGUAUAAACGGAAAACAAAAAAAUGUCUUCGAAACACUUUUAGUAUCAAAACUUUGCAUAAAAGAUUACCCAUCGUUAAAUGGCUUCCGAAAUACAAAGCUGAGUACAUUAUUCAAGAUAUCAUCGCUGGAAUCACGGUGGGACUAACUGCAAUACCUCAAGGUAUAGCAUACGCAGUCAUUGCUGGACUAUCUCCUGAAUAUGGAUUGUACGCAUCCCUGACGUCUGGAAUAGUCUACGUGUUGUUUGGAAGCUGCUACAAUGUUACCGUGGGACCUACUGCUAUUCUUGCAGCUAUGAUAUCAAAAUACGUUACCGAUUAUUCGCCUGACUUCGCAAUUCUUACUGCUUUCUUAAGUGGGGUAUUUAUAUUACUGCUUGGUAUUUUGAACCUCGGAUUCUUAGUGGAAUUUAUAUCUUUGCCAGUGAUUAGUGGAUUUACAAAUGCUGCUGCUCUACAAAUUGCCGCUGCACAAUUAAAAUCGUUUUUUGGAUUGCAAGGACCAUCUGGAAAUGAUUUUGGUGAAUCAUUGUAUAAUUUCGUUGUCAAUAUAAAAACAGCAAGACUUUGGGAGCCCAUUUUAGCCACAAGUACUAUCAUCAUGUUAAUGUUAUUAAAGAAAAUGGGAGAAGGUUGUAAGCGUACUGACGGAUUCAUUAAACAGGCGAGAUGGUUUAUUUCAUUAUCAAGAAAUGCUGUUGUUGUGAUAGUAGGUAUGAUUCUUGCCUAUAGUUUUAAAGCCAUAUAUGAUUCCGAACCUCUUCUUAUAAUAGGUGAUAUAGGUAGUGGACUACCGAAAUUUGGAUUUCCCCCUUUGAGCACCACAGUAGAUAAUGAGACAUUGAAUUUUAUUGAAAUGGUUCGAAUUUUAGGAAUACAAUCGGUUGUAAUACCAUUUGUAGCGAUUUUAGAAACUGUAGCGAUAGCUAAAGCUUUCGCAGAAGGUGGUCGAAUAGAUGCUACUCAAGAAUUAAUUGCAAUUGGAUUGUGUAAUAUUAUUGGAUCUUGCAGUAGAAGUAUGGCCAUUACAGGAUCCUUUACUAGGACUGCGCUAAAUCAUAUUUCUGGAGUAAAGACACCAGCGGGAGGAGUCACUAAAGUAUUACUUUUAGUUGUGGCUCUAACUUAUUUGACUUCUACGUUUUAUUUUAUACCGAAAGCUUCUUUGGCUGGGCUUAUUAUAACUGCUAUGUUCUCUAUGAUGGACUAUAAGAUAUUUAUUAGUUUGUGGAAUAAUAGUAUUAAAGAGUUACUAUUACUGUUGGUUACUAUGAUAAUCUGCCUAUUCAUGGGAUUAGAAUAUGGCAUUAUUACUGGAUUUUUGGUCGAAGCUUUGCUGUUAUUAUAUAGUGUAGCAAGGCCAACAGUCGAUGUUGAGAUUUUAAAAAGUAACAAAGGAGACCUGAUGGUUGUAAAUUUAUGUGAGAAUAUAUCUUAUUGCGCUAUUGAAUAUGUUCGUAGGAAGGUUAUGAAAGUUACUUUGCAAGAUUCUAAUGUACCAAUAAUCUUAAACGGUGGUAGCCUAAGGAAGCUGGACUUUACUGCUGCUACUAAUUUGAUGUCUAUGAUUAAAGAUCUAGAUAAAACUCAUCAUAUAAAAUUGUUAAACUUUAAUGGCGAGGUAAAGAAAAUGUGUUUGUAUAUCGAUUCAAAGUUUAAUACUAGGUUUGUGUAUGCAGCCAGUCCGAUGGAGUUAACAGAUUUUUUUUCAAAAGAUGUAUAG